AUUGGAGGAGCCUGGGAGGUUACAGUUGAAAGGGAGCCGGACGCGGACGCGGACAUAAACCUAACUUUUCUGGUUUGCACGAAUGUGAUAAGGCUGUAUUUGCUGUUGUUAUGUUAUUCAAGUCACUAGUAGGGAGUGCCUGCUCUCUGCUUGGAGCUGCAACAGCCUUCAAAUUUGCACCUGUAGAAGUCAAGGCCCAAGCAGCUGCCCUCCUUCACAGCGCAGUGAGGAAAUCCUCUGUGGUGGAACAAGCAAAUAUGAGGAUUGAACUUAUCCCAGCUCUCAGUGACAACUACAUGUACCUCCUGAUAGAUGUGGACUCCAGAGAAGCAGCUGUUGUUGACCCCGUGGAGCCAAUAAAGGUUGUGGAAGCUGUCAGGAAACAUGGCGUAAAACUCACAACAAUCCUGACUACUCAUCACCACUGGGAUCACGCUAGUGGAAAUGAGAAGAUGGUUAAGCUAAUGCCAGGACUGCGGGUCUACGGAGGAGAUAACAGAGUUGAUGCAAUUACAAAUAAAGUUUCUCAUUCCAAAAAUUUAAAAGUUGGAUCACUUAAUGUCAAAUGCCUGUUUACACCAUGUCACACAACUGGCCACAUCUGCUACUAUGUGACAAAAGAGGACAGCACCGAGCCACCAGCUGUCUUCACAGGGGACACACUGUUUAUGGCCGGUUGUGGAAAAUUCUUCGAGGGUACAGCAGAGCAGAUGUACAAAGCCUUGAUAGAAAUUCUGGGACGCCUGCCUCCAGAAACUCGUGUUUACUGCGGUCAUGAGUACACCGUCAGCAAUCUGAAAUUUGCACAUCAUGUGGAGCCAGACAAUGAAGUCAUUCAAAAGAAACUAGCAUGGGCAAAGGAGCAAUGCAGCAAUGGAGAACCUACCGUCCCGUCUACUUUGGCGGAUGAGUUCACAUUUAACCCCUUUAUGAGAGUAAAAGAGAAGACCGUGCAGGACCACGUCAAGGAAACAAGCCCGAUUGAAACCAUGAGAAGUCUCCGGAAAGAAAAAGAUAACUUCCGGGUGCCCAAGGAGUGAUGUCCAGUGCUGAAUGUUUCUUAACUGCUGUCAAUAGUGUACUACAGGAAAUAUCUGCAUUUUAGCUUCAAAGCCACUUUAAAUAGAUCUACUACAUUCUGUCAAGGCGCACAUUAGUCAGCACUAAUGUGGCUAUAAAUUUGAACUUUAUUAUUUACAUUUAAUAUAUAAUACAUUUUGUAAAUGCCACAUGAAAAGCAAAAUCACACGGAAAUUAGACAAGUCUCUUUUUGAAGUCUGAUUUCAAUAAAAGCAUGGUAGGAAUUGUUAUUAUUAUUAUUAUUAUUAUUAUUCUCCACAUUGAAUUGCAUUGUUGAGGGUCUAAACGUGGUCUAAAACACAAUUUUAAACUUGGCACAAAAUUCAAACAUCGUGAAAAUGUAUGUGAAAUAUGGGUUCUACGCAUAGGUGUGCCAAAAUGGCUCAACAGCGCCACCUAGACCCCUGCUGUGCAUUUCAUCUUCAUGUAUGAAAUUUGGUAAGUAUAUGUAACACGUGGAGAUGAACAAAAAAUUCCGUUGGAGGUGUAAACUCAACAGGAAGUCGGCCAUUUUUAAUUCUAAGGCGUCUUUGUAACAUUUGAGGGCACUGUACUUUAACAAACAAUUUCAUUCCGAUUGACUUCAAAUUUGAUCAGCACCAUCUCAAAACCAUAAAGAUUAAAAGUUAUCAAAAUCA